AUGCUUCCGAGGUUGGGCUAUGCUGGCGGUGGAUCGACGGGGACGGAGAGCAAACUCAAAGCUAAAGGAGCGGGAGCGGGAGGGCAGCUACACGGUGAUGUCACCCCGCGGCGCGAUUGGAUGCCCCCUGUCGGCACAAGAGGUACGGGCGGCGGGGAAGCCUCUCUGCCCGCGGCCGUGAAGGGGACGAUAACAACCUCGUGA